AUGUCAUCAACGGCCUCGGCGAAUGCCACAGGACAACUUCCUGUUGUUCCCUCAGAGCCUUACGCUAGUCGACCCCUGAGCACCUCAACCGACACCAUCAGGCUCCUCACAAUUGAGCGCGAGCUGAGCAACCAAGGAUACCUCGUGUGCAGUAUUCAGGUCGCCGCAUUCUCUCCGCCACAAAAGUACGAAGCCCUGUCCUACCGAUGGGGCGACGAGUCUGUUCAGAAGACCAUCAUCGUCGACGGCAUCAGCGUGACCGUUACAGAAAACCUGCACGCGGCUCUGCAAUAUCUUCACGCCCACCCGCGCGGCUGUCCUCUCUGGAUUGAUGCUGUGUCCAUCAACCAGAAAGAUGUUCCCGAGAAGAGUCGCCAGCUGCGAAUCAUGCCGCAUAUUUACUCUCGCGCUGCAUCUGUGCUCGUUUGGCUGGGUACGCAGUACACCACUGUAGAUGUUGACGUCGAGAGCCAUCUCCAGCAAGCAAUACAAGACGUGAACGGCGACGAAUACUGGCAGCGGGUGUGGAUUCUUCAGGAGAUUGGAAAGGCUCGCAAGAUUCAGGUCUGUUUCGGCAGUGCUGGCCCGCUGGAUUGGGAUUGCUUUGUGCGUCAUGUCAAGAAGCAUGCCGAGAGCAAGGAACGCAACAUUGGUCCGCUUGCCUUGCAGGCCAUGCGGCGGAACAAGUACAGCGGCAGCUGCUCUCUGAAGAGACUUUUGGAAAACCACCUCGACGCCUUGUGCAAGGACCCCAGGGAUAAGAUUUACGGCCUCGUCGGCCUGUCAGUCGACGGCCGUGACUUUCCCAUCGACUACAGCAAAUCCGUUCUGGACGUCUGGGCAGACACAGUCCACUUCAUGGGUCGCAAGAAUCUCCUGCCAGAGAGGAAUGACGAAAAAGCAGCCUUUUGCACGCUGCUCAGGAACUUGCUGGGCGGGGACAAUAUGCCGAGUCUCGGCGGCGUUGUUCAGUUCCAGCACAAGCCGGGCAGCCAGUCUCUCUAUGAUCACCUGCGCGCCGAAGGAAGAGACGAGUGGGCGGCAUCUUCUGUCGAACUUGCGACGACGUGCCUGGGCAGGAUCAUAUCCGUGGGGCCUGCGAUUUCUGAGUUGCGCGCGUCGCUUGACCUCACGGACAAGUGGGAGGCGGAGCUGCAGCGCGUCUAUCGCAACGAGUAUGAAGAUGUCCUCGAUGCGGCGCACCAAGAGCACGACGUGCUGAUGCAGCAUAUCCUGGACGACACGGACUCAAAGCUGCCCGGGUUGACGUGUUUUGAAAAUCACCGAAUAGACUUUAUCACGACAGACCACAUGCAUUCUCUGUAUCCGUACUCAAAGUACGACCCCGACGGGAGCGACGAGGACGACCGCAUCUCGCCCGAGUUUGAAGGAUCCUGGAAUUACGCGUCCGCGAUUUCCGACGAGCCGCGUUUAGCAAUCGUCAAGGAAUCUAGUUCAGAGACGCUGCCGUAUAAAAUCGCAAUUGUCCCGCCGACUGCGCGGCUCGCGGAUUUCAUAUGCCGCGUUCAAGGAGCGCCGAUGAAGCGCAUCGUCUUGCGACACGAUUACGGCAGUUGGACUACGCAGCAUGUGUGCGGGACGGCGGUGAUGAUGAAGGAUCUGAUGGGGGAGACGGCCGCGCUGGGUGCAGAGGCGAGCGAAGUAGAGCGGAUAGAAGGCAUAUUUACGCAGAUUGUGAGGAUGGAUGCCAGGGCGUUUUAUGCACUGAUCUUCGGAAACGAUGAUGGGAUACAAGAGCUGAAGGACAAGUUGGGUGCGCUGGCAGUGUAG